CCGCUUUGGUCAGCGUGAUUGUGGACCACGUGAAUAACACGGAAGCAGAUCGUGUCAACAAAGCAAAUCAUUGUCGUUGUUCCUGUCUAGCAACAACUCAUGAUGUCGGAGUGGCACCUGUCAUUGAAGCUGGUGGAUCAGCCCAAAUCCACCUUCCACUUCCCUGAGACGAUGCCUGGAGACGUAUCUCCCGGCGGGUACCGAGUCUCUACUCUGAAACAGCUCGUUGCAGCACAGCUUCCUGAUUCCCUACCGGACCCCGAACUCAUAGAGCUGGUACACUGUGGUCGCAAGUUGAAGGACGACCUGACUUUAGACUCCUGUGGGAUCCAGCCUGGAUCCACCCUGCACAUCCUCAAAAGGACCUGGCCUGAACCAGACGUCAAUCCAGAGCCAGUGAACAGGACGACUGCAGCCAGGGAGUUCCGUGUGCUGCAGGCAGCCCUCCACUCCAACUCCACCUACAGAGAUUCGGUGUUUAAGAUGCUGACUAAUAAGGAGUCUCUAGAUCAGAUCAUUGUGGCCACGCCAGGGCUGAGAUCUGACCCGGUAGCGCUAGGAGUGCUCCAAGACAAAGAUCUAUUUGUGCAAUUCACAGACCCUAACAUGCUGGAUGUGUUGAUCAGUUCUCACCCAGCCUUGGUCAAUGCCAUCAUCCUGGUCCUCCACUCAGUGGCUGGCAGCAUGCCUGCUCAGUCCAGCGCCGGCUCCUCCCGCAAUGUCUCCUCCAGCUCCUACAGUGACAUGCCAGGAGGGUUUAUGUUUGAGGGCAUGUCUGAUGACGAUGAAGAUUUCCAAUCGGGAAAUCCGGCAGGCCCAUCCAACCGAACCGGGGGCCCAGCAGGAAUGCGGCCUGUGUCCCUUGGCCAUAGUGGAGCUACAGGCCCUCGACCCAUAACACAGAGUGAGCUGGCCACUGCCCUGGCCCUGGCCAGUACUCCUGAGAGCAGUGCUGUUACUCCCACUGCAGGGGCUCAGCAGGACCCCUCAUCUGGAGUGCCUCCCAUGCCAGCAGGGACUCCUGUCAGCAAUGACCUUUUCAGCCAGGCACUGCAGCAGGCUCUACAGGCCUCCAGCAUGUCCGGCAUGUCCUCUCUGCAGGGGCGUUGGCAGUCCCAGCUGCAGCAGCUGAGAGACAUGGGGAUCCAGGAUGAGGAGCUGAUGUUACGGGCGCUGCAGGCUACAGACGGGGACAUCCAGUCAGCUCUGGAGCUCAUCUUCGCUGGAGGGCCAGGACUCUGAGCCAAGCCAGGGCCCUGAGAGAGGAGAGUGCAGGGGGAAACGUCUCUACACAGACACAAGCUGAUGGCUCUGGUCAUUCUGCCAUUAGGUUGUGAUAUGGACACUUAUAUGGACACAAUGCUUCAGACAUGAAGACCUCAUUACUACUCCUCUACCCUUUCAUACACAGCCUAAAUGUAGCAACCUUUAAAUGGCUGGCAAAACAUUUAUUUUUGUUUUGGACUUGUAAUAAAGAUAAACAUGUACCUUAUCUACCCCUGAAUCUGACUGACUCAUUUAAAGGUGGGUUGGUGUUAGCCCCUGAAGGCUUUAAUCUCAUCGCUGUGUGAAUACAUACAUAAUCAGAGGGCUGUGUUCUACCAGAAAUCUUUGUUUUGUUUCAGACACUAACAUUGACUCAGAUCUGCUAUAAAAUAUGCAUUGGAAGAAAGAAGUGUUGAGAAUACCCCUUGAGUCUAACUGUAAUUCAUACAGUUGUACACUAGGUGGCAAUGUAUAACCACUUACCAUAGUUCCUUUAAAAUUACAUUCAAUAGAGAAAUAAGGAGUAGAAAUGUGACAAAUAUGGCUAGCUAAUGUUUGAACUGAUUCUGAAACUGUUUCAGUUGGUCUGCCAGAUCAAUAAACACAUAAUACAAAUACUA